ACCGGGGCCGUCCCGCGGCGCCCGGCGGCUCCUCGGGUUGCGGGGACAGCCCCGGGCCGGAGGGGCGGUGUCUGCCCCGGAGCCGGGGCAGCGGGCUGGCGGCUGGCGGGAGCGCGGGGUCGCCCCCCGAUGUGUGACAUGAUCGACUCGCAGUCCGCCGAGAAAAUCAGCAGGAUGAAAAAGUUGCGGAGAACUUUAUCGGAGAGCUUCGGCCGAAUAGCCUUGAAGAAGGAAGAUAGCAGCUUUGAUGAGAUAUGUGUCACAAAGAUGUCUACACGGAACUGCCAGGGAAUGGAUUCAGUGAUCAAACCUCUGGAUACAAUUCCUGAGGAUAAAAAAGUUCGGGUUCAGAGGACACAGAGUAGUUUUGAUCCGUUUGAGAAGCCAACUAAUCAAGUGAAGAGGGUUCAUUCAGAGAACAACGCUUGCAUUAACUUCAAAACUUCAUCUGCAGGGAAGGAAUCACCUAAAGUCAGGCGGCACUCCAGCCCCAGCUCUCCUACAAGCCCUAAGUUUGGAAAAGCAGACUCUUAUGAAAAACUGGAAAAACUAGGGGAAGGGUCCUAUGCUACAGUAUACAAAGGAAAAAGCAAGGUAAAUGGGAAGCUGGUGGCAUUGAAGGUGAUUAGAUUACAAGAAGAGGAAGGAACCCCAUUUACUGCUAUCAGGGAAGCUUCCCUUUUGAAAGGAUUGAAACAUGCAAACAUUGUGCUGCUUCAUGACAUCAUUCACACCAAGGAGACCUUGACACUUGUGUUUGAAUAUGUGCACACUGAUUUAUGUCAGUACAUGGACAAACACCCUGGAGGGCUUCAUCCAGAGAAUGUGAAGUUAUUUUUAUUUCAGUUGCUGCGAGGACUGUCUUACAUCCACCAGCGUUACAUUUUGCACAGGGACCUGAAACCACAGAACCUUCUGAUCAGUGACACGGGGGAGUUAAAGCUGGCAGACUUUGGUCUUGCAAGAGCUAAAUCAGUUCCUAGUCAUACAUAUUCCAAUGAAGUGGUAACCCUAUGGUACAGGCCUCCAGAUGUCCUUCUGGGAUCAACAGAAUAUUCCACCUGCCUUGACAUGUGGGGAGUGGGUUGUAUCUUUGUAGAAAUGAUUCAAGGGGUCGCUGCUUUUCCAGGAAUGAAAGACAUUCAAGAUCAACUUGAAAGGAUAUUUCUGGUACUUGGAACACCAAAUGAAGAUACGUGGCCUGGAGUCCAUUCUUUACCCCAUUUCAAACCAGAACGGUUUACACAGUACGGCCCUAAAAACCUUAGACAAGCAUGGAAUAAGCUGAGCUGUGUGAACCAUGCAGAAGAUCUCGCCUCCAAACUACUCCAGUGUUUCCCAAAGAACAGAUUGUCAGCGCAGGCAGCUCUGAGCCAUGAGUACUUCAGUGAUCUGCCCCCACGGCUAUGGGAGUUAACUGAUAUGUCUUCUAUUUUUACUGUGCCGAAUGUAAGAUUACAGCCAGAGACUGGAGAAAGCAUGAGAGCCUUUGGAAAAAACAAUAGUUAUGGGAAAGGUGUAUCAAACAGCAAACAUUGAAGAAUACCUAUGUUCACAACUGAUAAUGCAGAAAGGAUGAAUAGUAUCUAUGGUGUCUGCAUGUGUGGUGGAGGGAGAAGCAGAAAGAGUAUUAUUGUUGAUGAUCUUAAAUAGCUCCAUGUUUUAGCUCAUAAAGAAUACAGUAUCUCCAGUUGUCAGCUCACAUUUUUAUUUUAAAACUGGAAUACUCUUACAAUACUGCUGCAUCAGCUGCCACAUAAAUAGACCUGCACUCUUGAGUGUGCUUUGCAUGCUAAAGACUCUGCUGGAGCACAGCUCCACCCGAUGUGAUAAUUUAUACAGAAAUUAAAAGUAUGUAGACAAGGAUGCUGAUACUGCCAAAAGGAACAUGUAUUGAACUGGUAUUUUUACAGGACAGGACGUUCUUUCACUAAUUAAAAUAAAUAAAAAUAUUUGGGAUUUAAUAAUCUUCCUCUGCCUCAUGUCUUGAGAGUAUGAUUAAUGUUUAAAUUAUAGGCUUUGGUAGAGAACCACUGUUACAUCAACAGCUACUUCAUUCUGAAGUUGGCUUCUGCUGUUUUUAAGGUGGAUUAACAUUCUAUCACGUUAGGGGUCUGGACAAAUAGAAUGUAUGCAGCAGAAGUUUCCUCUAGGUAACAAAGAUAGAAAUUAGUCACUUCAUGUAGAUCACUUAAUAUUUCAAGUACACCAUUAACUUACUUGUAGAAAGCUAUAAGGUUUAGUAGAGAUGUCAUGAAAACCAGAAGUACCAGGAUCUAUAGUGAAAAAAGUUCAUUUUUAAAGCAGUCUUGAAUGUUUCGGGGUUUGUUGUUGCUUGUUUGUUUGGGGUUUGUUGUUUUGGUUUGAUUUUUAAGAAGAUAUGAAAGAACUCUAUUUGCUCAUGGGAAAUCACAAGUGUAAAUAAAUGUUCCAUGUAACAAUUUACAAUUUUAUAAGCAAAGCUGUGACCAGAGGCCAUAAACAUAGUUUGCCAAGUCACCAGGCAAAACUUUGAUUUGUAUGAUGAGGGAAAUGUAUAAAUUCUAAGCAAGAAUAUUUCUAAAAUAUAACUUUAAAAAUGCAAACACGGAAUACAAAGCCAUCUGGGAACUGAAUGGCAACACUGUGUAGAGGGCCCUGCCGUGGGUCUUUGUUGUGUGAACAACUGAUGUUUCAUUUCAAGAGCCACUCUGAAGAAACAAUGUUUUUUUAAUAAAAGGAUUGGUUCACAGCAGUCUAAAAUUUUCUGUGUUUUUUAUUGUAGAUUUUCUGCUGUGGAUAAAGAGAUGCUCCCCUCUUUCUCCAGUUUAGGAGAGUUGUCUGUUUGAUGUCUCAUUUUAAACAAAAUUAAAUGUGAAGAGUAAGUGCACAGUGAUUACAGCACUCCUCUGACAAGUGGCAAAUCUGUGUUCAGCACAUGAGAAAGUUGGCAGUCCAUGACAGCUCUCUGAGGCAGGGGAAGGGACUUCACCCGUUGACUCCACUUUUGAAUUGACAAUACACAUUCCGAGAAUUACGGAUUCAGAUGCAAACAUUAUCUAUACCUAACCACCACACUUUUUGUGUCAUGUGAGGAUUUCAUACUCAGGAGAAACACCUCGGCAGGCAGAGCUGGGGGUUCAGCCUCAGAACACCCUGCUCAUUCUGGCACUGGUGGGAGCAGUGGGUCUGUCAUGCAGGCUGGCUUCCCAAAGCAGGCAUGUUGCACAUUUCAACACUGCAGACAGACUGAGACUAUCAUACUGUUCCCUGCUUCCAGCUGUACUGUGUCUUCUAGCUUUCCCCAGCCAGAACCAUUAGUGAAAUGUGGCAUCAAAUAAUGUUCUUUUCCAGUGAUCUAAUCUAAAUCUGGAGCCUGUGCAGAAGGUGGAGGGAGGUGUUGCCCACCAUACACAGUUGCUAAGCUCCACAAGAAACCAGUUACAGCCCUGGCAUGGCAGGAUCCAGCAAAGCUGGAGCUGGUGGAGUUGUGAUCUUAAAACUGUGAUCUGCUUUAUACUGAGCCAGGGCAGGAAACCUGUAACUCCUGCUACCCUUUCUUAGUAGAAUACUGCAGUGUUCUGCCUGCAGUGUGCAUUGGUGCUGGCAGUAGUCCAGUGUGCAAAGAUUUUUUUUUUUUCCACAUGUGUUAUAUGGUAGCAGCUCUCAGUUUAUUAAUUUCUAAAGAAUCACCUAAUAUUCUAGGGCUUGAUUCUGGAAGUGCUAAGCUUCUAAUGAAGGUAUUGCCCAUUCCACAAGCUCAGGCCCUGCCCUGGAGAAUGUCAUCAGCUUUGCCUACAAAGCCAAACCUGAAACCAGACAAUGUAGUGGUUUUAGAGGGAAAUUGUAGCAUUAUCCUAGAAGAAGUGUGAUACUUACCUCAUUUAGAUACUGUCCCGAGGCUCAGUGCUAGAAAGGAAAAGUUCUCUGUAAUUAAAUUGUAGUUAUUCUCAAAUGAGCAAUGACCCUCUGAGCAAUUUGAUAACUACUGGAAAAACAUGCAUCCAGAGACUUUGCUAUCCUUAUAAUUUUAUUACCUGUCUCAGAUGUCCCUGCUGCUUAUGUCAGCCUCUGGAACUCCAGUAAUUUGAGCUUAGCCUGAAAUCAGACCAGCUAUUCUGGAUCUGGGCAGAUGUAGAUUCCAAAUUGCAAGCCUGUUUUCCACAACUGGAGUGUAGGUGGCAGUGGGGGCAAACGCAACCUCAGAAUUGGAAGGAGUUUUGGGAGUUUAGUUGCUUUUUCCAAGAAGGAGCUGCCAAAAGAACACCGCUGAAAAGUGCUCAUGAAUGAAGGGAAAUCUGGAAUUUGGGGAAUAUUAGCACUGGUGUUUCAUCACUGAGCAAUUGUGAAUCUCUGCAUGUUCCAAACAUUGCUUUUGUUUUUAAGCUUUUGAAGGUAAACUAAAUGAAUCAGCUCAAAUGUAUUUAUUGAAACAAGAUUUAUCGGCAUCUCAGCCAAGCUUCUAGACAUUGGGGAAAGUGGGACUUUCAUGUGGAAUAGACACAUCUAGGAAACAGCCCAAGAAGGACACUAGAGGUGGUAGACCAAGCUCCAAGAGGGCCCAAGAUGCUUAAGAACAGGAUUUCAUUAAUCCAGUUCAGGUAUUCUGGUGCUUAAAGAAUAGAAGAAGAGCUCUCAAGCAUCAUGACAGGAACCCUGGAAAUUACAGAAGUUAAGAUAUUGCAUAGACAUUGGGGUGUUUUUUUGAAAGCCACAGUUAAAGUGCUGUGCUUGAAACUGCAGUUCAAAACUGAUGUCUUGUUUUUCUCCUGCUUUUGAGGACUAGACUAGAUUCACUGGCACCUGCAUCCAGUUUGAUUUAAAUAGUUUUAGGACAUGCUAAUACAAACCAGUUCCAUGCUCAAUGAAUAUUUCAGCAUUCUUUUUUUUUAAGGGAUGAAAUUCCUUCACAUCUGUCUUCCUGCAACAGCAUUUUAAAAAUAUAUCAGGUCUGUAGUUCUAGUCUUGGAGAACUUAAUAAAUAUAUUUUCAGAAUUUCUCAGAAAGUCUCUCUUUAUUACUUGACAUAGAAUUCUACUUGAAAAUUUAUUAAGAGUUAAGUAUGUUAAUUAUAAAAUCCUUUCAGUGGCUUCAGUUCAUCCAGUUCAUCUAGCCUUCAUUCAGGCUUCACGUGGCUCUUGCAGUUUCUGGAUACUUUGUUUUCCUGUCCCACAUUCUCAGCCUGCCUUCUGUUUUGUGAAAACCUCAAAAACAUCAGGAUACCUUUGUGCAAGUUCAGCCAUUGCUUUUGAGCUUCUUUAUCAGUAGAGUGAAAUACAAUAUAAGUGAAGCUGUUGAUAGUGUUUAUUUUUGUAUUUGAAAGGAGAGUUUGCAAUUAUCUGCCUGGUAAUAAAAAUACACUGAAAUAAAGGUAAAUGCAUUUAGACACAGCACACCAAGAAGCUCCACAACCUGGUUAUAUUUGCAGAAAUGUUUCUGAUUUGUCUUGGGGUGCCCCAAACAACUCUCCAGAAGGAAAACUGAGGAGACCUUUUAAAAAACUAGCUACAAACAUUGUUAUGGAGGAGAUCGUAGGAAGAAAGGGGGUAAAAAAAGAAAGGGGCAAAAAAAGCUUGUAAACUCCUGAAGCUCUGCCAGCAUUUUUAGCAAUCUUCCUUUGCAUUCAGGGGGUGUGACCACCUUUAGAAGAGAUGACUGGUUAUGGCUGUCUAUAAUUGCUAUGGAGAACGUCAGUGCUAAUGGUACAUGUGAAGAUUAGCUCUUGGGGCACAGACACAUGAAUAUAGAUUAAUAUAUUUCACUUAGGCGACCACCCUGAAAACAUUGGUGUUUUAAGUUUAUUUUCCUGAGGUACCAGUUCUAAACAUGCUUUGGAAGUCUUCCCUUCACUCUAAGCUGGCAUCUUCAUAACUGGCUUUGGCCUAACCUAUCUCUUACCAA